CAGUGAAUGGAUUUGGACUUGAAUCGUGGUGUCAGGCAGGUAUUGGAAGCUGUGUUGGGCAGCGCCACAUGUUUCGAAAACGAGACAUGUCUGGAGACUUCGUGAUUGAAGGUUACAGCUUUGACGGAACCAUUCGGUUUGCUGACUGGGACGGCGAUGGUGACACCGAUGUCCUUGUUGGAGAUGGAGGCUCGAUCUGGUUCCACGAACGACUUUCGAAUGAUGCUAUCCGCAAACAUGAGUUGGUGCAGCUUCAUGCCAGAGAGGGGCAAUUGCUGAGUCGCUUUGAAGUGGCUGAUUGGGAUGGUGACAAGAAUUUGGACUUGUUGCUCUGCACCAUGGUUGGAGAUUUGCUGACGGUGAGCUUGCUGAAUCAAUCCUUCCUCUUCCCAAUAAAAAACAUCUCUGAGUUUCCUGAAGUGAUUCUGGUGACCCAUGGAUCUUCGUGUGACAUGUUGGCCAGAGAUUUUGAUGAGGACGGUGAUGUGGAUCUGAUUCUUGGCCAUGAUAGAUGGGAACCGGCAUAUUCAAGGUACUUUGAGCGUAUUUCUUCUUCCAAUGUGGUGGAGCGCAUGGAGGAUGAAAAUCCAUUAAACAUGUUCAACGGCACAGUGCAGUUGAUUGAUGAUGUAGAUGGUGAUGGGCGUUUGGAAGUUGUUUCAGGUCAGAAAAGGACAAUCCAAAAUGUGGUUGGCUACUCCCUUUACCUCUUCCAGCGUGCUGCUGAUGGUAGCCUCGUGGAGACGCAAGAAAAUCCAUUGAGGUCCUUUCAGAUCAUCAUUUCCCUCUAUACACAUUUGAUGUUUCGCCAGGAAGUACGUGUGACGGACUGGAAUUCAGAUGGGCUGCCAGACGACAUUGAACAGCAUUUGGAGACUGGUGAGAAAUUCCAAGAAGUGCCUGGUGUGUUUGAGAAUGUGACAGAAAGCCUGCUUGGAGAAGGAGCAGCCACGGCUGCCAUAGUAGACUGGGACAGAGACGGUGAUUUAGACCUCAUCAUCUUAUCUGAAUCAGAUCGCAAGGUGCACUACCAUGAGAUGGUUUCUGGGAACCUUCAAAAAGAAGAGCCGCAGCAUCCGUUCAAAAACAUCACCAUCCCACCAGAGGUCCUUGAAGGAUAUGAUUUCUCAUUAUCAUUUGAUUUUUUCCAUCCCAUCGCGGUGGACUGGGAUAACGACGGCGAUAUGGACUUGUUUUUGGGAUCUCCAGAUGGGCGGUUCUUUGAGCAGGUGGCAGACGGGACUCUACGCGAGUGGCCACGCGAGCAAAGCCCAAUUAGCCUAGAACCUGGGCCGCCUGUGCGCCCUAGGCAGCGGUUUCGACCUACUACUACCAAGUGGGCGUUCGUGGACUGCGAUGCAGAUGGUGACUAUGACCUGUUGAAAAUGUAUUCAAAACCAACCAGUGUCCGGGCUUGUGAGCACGAUGGCACACACACCCUACGUUGUGACAGCACUUUUCUAUGUUUAGGAACAAACGUUAGCAAAUUCGGCUUGCCAAAGACUGCAAGGAGAAUUCAGUUGGGCAACGUGGCUGAUGGCCGACUCAGAUUCAUUACUUACGAUGAAUUAAAGAACAAGGCAGAGCUGUGGAGUGCAGGCUCUUGUGUUCCAGCUGACCCAUGCCACUUGAAGGGCUUGUGUUUGCCCAGUCACGCGCAUUGCACUUGCAUUGCAGGCCAUCAGCUGGCUGACUGUUCGGGCUGCGAAGCAAAUUAUUUCAGCGUGCCAGGAAAGGUGGGGCAGAUGCAUGACUGCAAAGCAUGUCCAGGUGACGAUGGCAAGGUUUGCUACGGUCGCGGCAGCUGCUUUGAUGAUGUGGCAGGGAAGGCGCAUGCUCUUGGUCGGGAAUCUACGGCUCGCCUCAUUGCAAAAGGCAAUGGCUCAUGCAGCUGCAAUGAGGUCCACUUCUAUGGAAGCGACGAUGAAGGUCGAAGCACCUGCAUGGAUGGAGUUUGCCCAGCUGGUACCGAAGAGAAUGAUGGAAGUUGCACUCCUUGCGCUGCUGGGACCUUCUCGGCAGAAGGCAGCAUCGCAUGCGAAUCAUGUGCAGCAGGCACCUUUUCCAUUGCUGGAAGCAGCAAGUGCCAGAGCUGCGUCACAGGAAAGUUCUCCUUGACGGGAAGUAGCAACUGUUCUGAUUGCCUUCCGGGAACAGUCUCUUCCCCAGGCUCUUGGGCCUGCGAUGUCUGUCCUGGUGGGACCUUUGCUGCUGCAGGAAGUGGUGUGUGUCACGCCUGUCCUGUGGGCCAAGUAUCGGGCCCGAAGAGUGCUGCCUGCAAGAGCUGUGACAGCAUCUUCAUCCGCUCGACUCCUGAUGAUGCGAAACAGAGCUGCCAAGUUCUUGCGAUGGAUGUCGUUUUUGCCGUGAUCUUCUGGAGUGCAUGCUCUUGCUUGUGUUUUCUGUUUUUGGUUGGUGUCUCAGGACGCAUCCCGAUUUCAGAUGUGUCUGCACGAGGUAAAAAAGUUGUGGUGACAACUUCCAUGGCCCACUUUCUCCGGAAAAGGGCAUGCCCGAAGGUUACUUUCGCAGGAACCGGCGUACCUGACUUGGAGGCAUCUGGGAAGAGCUGGACAAUCAAAGCCUUGAGUUUAUACCAAUUGACUCUGCACGGCGAUGAGGGCACCAUGCCACUGGACACGUCAACAGGACAUUUGUACCUGAAGUUCCCACAGAUUUUCUUGUCCACAGGUAUGUGGCACUGUCCUCUCAUUUUGUGGUGCUUAUUCUUUCUUGCAGCCAGUGCAGGGGCUGCAAGCAAGCUCACUUGGCCACUAACUUUGCUGCUCUGUGGUCUGGGUCUUUGUGCGGGCUCCGUGGCUUUUGCAAUGCGGCGCAGGUGGGGAUACCAGAACUGGCAAGCUUGUUGA